AUGGCAGCCUGCGGCUGGUGCCGGUGCCGGGCGGCGCUGGCCCUCCGGGCGGCGGGCGGCAGCCGCUGGGGACGGCGGGGGGCAGCACCCGAGCCGAGGGCGGUACAUGUCACCUCCCCCAGACUCUGCUCCGACAGGGAGAGUAGCGUGUCUUACCAGGAGCUCAAGAACCUGAAGAAAGCAAACGUCCUCCACAUCGAUGUUCGAGAGAGGUGGGAGAUUGAGAGAGAUGGGAAAAUCCCGGCGUCCAUCAACAUACCAUUGAAUGAAUUAGUGGAAGCUCUGCAGAUGAAUCCAGCAGACUUUAGGGAGCAGUACAAUCAGAAGAUGCCUGCCAAGUCAGACCAUGUGGUUUUCUCCUGCUUUGCAGGAACAAGAAGUAGACAAGCACUGAGUUUUGCUGCAUCCCUGGGUUUCAGCAGAGUUCAGCACUAUGCUGGUGGCCUUGAGGACUGGGCAAAACAUGAAUCUCCAGAGAAAAAAUGAAGAUGACAUCCUCCAGCUCCUGCCCCACCUUCAGGAUGCUUUGUAGAUUUUAUCAGGAUGCUUUGUAGAUUUUAGCAUUCAAACUACCCACAUUCCACUUUCAGAAUACAAACGUUUCCCCUCAUGUAAAUGGGCAUUUCAUUAGCCAUGCAUAUUAACUGCUUUGUUUCAAUUAAGUUCUAUGAGAUGAAUAGAAGAUGUUAAAUUUGUUCAGCCUUUAGUCUGCACGACGUUAUUUGCUGGAAGAAAGUGACAAGACUUUUAAUGUUUUUGGCUACUAGGAUUUUGGCAUGAUUUGCUUUAUGACUUUAAAUAAAUGGUGAUAGCAUGCAUAAAAUUAUCCUUCCCAAAAAACUUAAUGUUGAGUAGCUUGUUUAGAAUAACUGCAGUUUAAUGGAAUUGCUGUAAGUGUCCUAAGCACAGGUGUAUUAUUCUUCAUGUAUAGCUAUAUUUUUAAGUUUUUGCCAUGUUAUCAAGAGCAUACAAUGGGAAACUGACUUGCUGUUCAAAAUGUGUGAUUCCUUACUUUAGAAGUAUGUCCAUUUACAUACACAGGUCUGCUUCUGAGCACAAAAUGCAAUAGCAUUCAGUCAACUUGUUCUUUUCCCUUAGCAGCUCAGUAUCAAGUGAGAACUUGUCUAUAUUUACUUGAAGUUGUUAUUAUGGAGAUGUAAUCAUCUUAGAUUGGAAAAUGUGAAGCAUCCAAGGAAGCUACCUAACUCCCUGCUUUCUUCUCUGUAUAUUAAUUUGUACAUCUGAAAUGCUAAAAAAAAAAAAACCCAACACAUCCCAUCCCACCUAUACAGCUGCAUAGU